AUGAAGCCCCUGCCCGUGCUCCUCGCUGUGGCUUUGGGUGAGCGACCCCCACGACUCCUCGCCCGGGGACAGGGUCGGAGCGGAGCGCGGCGGUCCCGCCCGCCGGUCGCGGGCAGCCUGGCCAAGAGACCCGCCGCGCUGCUGCUGCGCCAGGGACCCGGGGGGCCGCCUCCCCGGCCCGACCUGGAUCCUAAGUUCUACCUCAACGUGCACGACCCCACGGGCGCCCUCCAGGCGGCCUUCAGGCGGUACCCCCGGGACGCCCCCGCGCCACACUGCGAGAUGAGCCGCUACGUCCCGCUGCCAGCCUCCGCCAACUGGGCCAGCGGCUUGUACCCCGGGCCCCCACGCCCGCGCGGCACUCCCACCUUUGCGGUUCAAAACCAGCCUUUCGAGCCCGCCCGCCCACAUCCGGCGCUGCGGCGACCUGCAGAGGAAGGCCUUGGCACCCCAAGCGUACUGGAGUGGUUUGGGUGUGUCAGAAGUGUUCUCAGAUCCCACUGGCCCCAGAGGCUGUGUUUGGAGCGGGCUUCAGAGCUGUACCCCCUCACUGCCCUAUUCUCCCCAGUUCCUCUCUGCUCCCUUAGUCACACAGUCCCACCCAGCCCUGGAGCUGAGAGGGUUUGCAGGGAGGGCUGGAAGCUGGUGACCACCAGAGAAGGAGGGGUGGGAAAAUGGGAGUUCCGUCCUCCUCUGCCUCUCGCCCUCCAUCUCUCCCUUCUUGUCUUUCCAGUGGUGCUGACUGUCCUCACCCACACUCCUGUGGCUCGAAUCCGACUGGGACAGGAUGCCAUGUUGGACUUGAGCUUUGCCUACAUGCCCCCCACCUCCGAGGCUGCUGCAUCUCUGGGCUCAGGCCCCCCUCCCUUCGGGCUGGAGUGGCGGCGCCAGCACUGGGGAAAGGGGCACCUACUCCUGGCUGCAACUCCCGGGCUGAGCAGGCAGAUGCCAGCGGCCCGAGAAGGGGCAGUGGCCUUUGCUGCUUGGGAUGAUGAUGAACCGUGGGGCCCGUGGACCGGGAAUGGGACCUUCUGGCUGCCUGCAGUCCGGCCUUUUCAGGAGGGCACCUACCUGGCCACCGUACACCUGCCAUACCUGCAAGGACAGGUCGCGGUGGAGCUUGCUGUGUACAAGCCUCCCAAAGUGUCCCUGAAGCCAGCACCUGUCGUCUGGGCUGUCCCGGGAGAGGCACCUCCAGAGUUGCUCUGCCUUGUGUCCCACUUCUACCCUUCCCAGGGCCUGGAGGUGGAGUGGGAGGUCCGGGGUGGCCCGGACGGCAGCUCUCGAAAGGCUGAAGGGCAGAGCUGGCUCUCCGCCCUGCGCCACCAUUCUGACGGCUCCGUCAGCCUCUCUGGGCAUCUGCAGCUGCCUCGGGUCACCACCGACCAGCAUGGGGAACGCUACAUUUGUCGUGUCCAUCACCCCAACCUGCGUGCCUCCAUGCGCAGCUCAGAGGUCACCCUGGAGGUAGCAGGCCUUGCUGGGCCCUCCCUUGAGGACGGCAUUGGCCUUUUCCUGUCUGCCUUUCUCCUUCUCGGACUCAUCAAAGCUCUAGGCUGGGUUGUGGCCUGCGUGUCCAUUGACAAAGAUUCAAAGGAGGAGCAGGCAUUUACUUCAACCUGUCAACACACCUCAAUCUCGCCUAGCCACAUGUGGGUGGUGGCUACCAUGCUGACAGCAGUGUCAGAAGGAAUAAGGGAGAUGGUGUCUCCCCUUCCACCCUAUUGCUGUGGACUGGACCCCCCUCCUAAAAGCUCAAAUUCCUCACCUUUCUUUCAGAAAGCACAAACCAACGCCUCCUGCGCGCCUUCGGGUCCCGGAUUCCUGUACCUGGUCCACCUCUCCCCCCAACCCCCGGGCCAGGUCAGCCUCGGCAGCCCCGAGAUCGCAGCGGUACUGACGUGA